AUUAACACUAGUUUAUCGAAUUCACAUGACUGCACCCUCUUUGCUUCAUUUCAUUAUGGCUUCCACCGAACUUUCGAUGAUUCUACCAAUUGUUUGAAGAGACACGAAGUUAGGAAAUUGGUCGAUGGACGGUUAAACGAUCUGAAAGAUCUGCACCUUACUUGCCAACUUGUUAGCUUCGAAUUUUGUCAAUGUCAGAUUAACUAACAUUGUAGGUAUAGAGUGGAAUAACCUCAAAACUUCUGCUCACUUGUCCCAAAACUGUUCUGAUUUUCGUAGCACUCUGAGGGAGGUUUUCGAAUGGGAGAACAAAGACAGGUCCAUAUCAAUAAUAAGCGUUCUAAAUUUCUUUAUAAUUAGGUUUAAACUAUAUUAAAAUGUUAAACCAAGAAAUGUCCAAGUUUGUAUUUCUGUUCAUAUAACCUUACAUUUAAGUUAAGGUAAAUACUACAAAAUCGCUAUCACUAUCUAAAUUUUGCAGUUCUACUAAAAAGUAAAAACAUAGAAAUCAGUAAAAUUAUAUGGUGUUUACUGAGGGAAGAAAGCGAAGAAUUGUUAGUUUUGUUGUUACAAAACCAAUUUUAUAUUGAAGAAAAAAAAGUAAUAGAAAACAUGGAUUUAUUUGUCAUUAACAGAUACCAAGAUUCUGAUGAUAAAACAAAUGUAGAAGAGCAAGAAACUAGAAAUUUAGAAAAACUCAAGAAAGCUAUAGAGGAACGAAAGAAAUUGAAUUCUCAGAUAAAAAAAAUAAACUCUCCCCAGCAGGACAGAUUUAUUGAAGCAGUUGAUAAUGAACUUUUAUUAAGGAGUCCAGUAAUCAAGGAUGAAGACAAAAAUCUAAAAGAGACAAUACUCCCCACAGAUUUAAAUGUAUCUCCAAAAAGACAGAAAACAGAAAAACCUGAGUUUAAAGUCCUUGGUGGUAAUGAUUUUGAGAAAAAAUCUAAGGUGCACAGAAUUCUUCCCUAUUGGUUAUCUCAUCCUUAUAGCAUCUCUACAAACUUACAAAAGUUGUCUAGCACUGUAGAAGAUCAAACUUGGUUAGAAUCCAAUAUAAAAUCUGCGCUCUUGGGUGAAGGAAUCACUCAUCUGUUUCCUGUACAAGAGAAAGUUAUACCUUUCAUACUGCAACAGCACACAUCAAGGAAUCCAUUUUGGCCACAUGAUAUUUGUGUUUCCGCCCCCACAGGCAGUGGAAAGACAUUGGCAUUUGUAUUGCCUAUAAUACAGAUUUUAAUGAAUGAUAUUGGUCAUCAUAUAAAAGCCUUGGUAGUUUUACCAGUACAAGAGUUGGCAAUACAAGUAGCAAAAGUUUUCAAAAAAUACACCAUGAGGACUAAACUAAAAGUUGCAUUGCUCAGUGGAUCGGCUCCACUCUAUCAAGAACAACAACAAAUAGUUCGACACUCUGAAUCUUUAGGCUGGAUGAGUGAAGUAGAUAUAGUUGUAUGUACUGCUGGGAGAUUAGUUGAACAUAUUCAAAACACAGAUGGGUUCUCAUUGAAACAUCUAAAAUUCCUUGUUAUUGAUGAAGCCGACAGAAUCAUGGAUCAUAUUCAGAAUGACUGGCUGUAUCACAUGGACCGACACAUCAAGUUAGAAAAUGAAUUAAUGACUGGUAAAAUGCCAAUACUGAGUUGCCAUAAUCUUAAUGAACAAAAGGCACCACCACACAAGUUACUCUUUUCAGCCACAUUAUCUCAGGAUCCAGAAAAAUUAGAACAAUGGGGUCUUUUCCAACCUAAAUUGUUUUCUGCUGUAGCUGUUAAUGAUAUUGAAAAUGAGGACACUAUCAGAAAGUAUACCACUCCAGAAGAAUUAACUGAACAGUAUGUUCUAUGUAAUUCUGAAGAUAAACCUAUUGUACUUAGUUAUUUUCUUAUUGAGCAGAAAUGGGACAGAGUACUAUGCUUCACAAAUUCAUCUCAAACUGCUCACAGACUCGCAGUUCUUCUUAAUAUAUGGGGAAAUAGUCAGCUGAAAGUAGCAGAACUUUCUGCUUCAUUAGAUCGAUCGACAAGAGAAACUGUGUUGAAAAAAUUUACUCAGUCUGAUAUUAAUGUACUUAUAGGUACCGAUGCUUUAGCAAGAGGAAUUGAUAUACCAGAUUGUAAUUAUGUUAUUUCAUAUGACCCUCCAAGAAACAUUAAGACAUACAUACAUAGAGUGGGUCGUACAGGGCGCGCAGGCCGGCUCGGAAAUGCUGUUACUAUUUUGCUUCAAAACCAAAUGGCCUCUUUUACGGAACUCAUGAAAUGUGGCGGAAAAGAGAAUGUGUCGCAAAUAGAAAUCCCAACAGAAACUAUCAAAAACAUGUCCGAAACAUAUCAACAAGCUAUAACCCAAACAAAAAAUCAAAUAAAUGAAGAAAAGUAUAGUAAAGUUCAAAAAUCUAUCAAAGUGAAGAGAGGAUUUAAACCCCAGAAAAGAAAAUUGUGAAAAUAAAUUAAUAUUUCGUU